AUGGAGAAUGUGUCCUUCCCCGGCGGCGCACCGCCGGUCUGCAACGAUUCUGUGGACUUCUACUCCCUCCGGUCAGAGAACGGCUCUGACCUAAACUGCACUCCUCCUUACUUCUACGCUGACCUUUACGUCAUUUUGCCGGUCAUCUAUUCUGUAAUCUGUGCAGUUGGACUGACAGGCAACACGGCUGUCAUCUAUGUGAUCCUGAAAGCCCCCAAGAUGAAAACAGUAACCAAUAUGUUCAUCCUGAACUUGGCUAUCGCCGAUGAUUUGUUCACUUUGGUGCUGCCAAUCAACAUAGCCGAACACUUGCUGCACUACUGGCCUUUUGGUGAGGUUUUGUGCAAAGUCAUCCUUAGCAUAGACCACUACAACAUCUUCUCAAGUAUCUAUUUCCUGACAGUUAUGAGCAUUGACCGCUACCUGGUUGUUUUGGCCACAGUGAGGUCCAAGCGCAUGCCUUACCGCACCUACCGAGCAGCCAAAAUCAUCUCAUUAUGUGUCUGGAUACUUGUUAUCCUCAUCGUCAUGCCUUUCACAGUUUUUGCUGGCGUCUUCAUGAACCCAAAUGAUGAGAGGAAGAGCUGUGUGCUUAGCUUCCCGAGUCCAGAGAGUUUGUGGUUCAAAGCGAGCCGGAUCUACACGCUCAUCCUGGGCUUUGCCAUUCCUGUCUCAACCAUCUGUAUCUUAUACACCAUGAUGCUCUACAAGCUCAGGAACAUGCGGCUCAACAGCAAUGCCAAGGCCCUGGACAAGGCCAAGAAGAAAGUCACCAUCAUGGUGUUUAUCGUCUUGGCCGUCUGCUUGUUCUGCUGGACGCCGUUCCACCUCAGCACCAUUGUGGCUCUGACGACGGACCUGAGGACCACACCGCUCCUGAUCGGGAUCUCCUAUUUCAUAACCAGCCUGAGCUACGCCAACUCCUGCCUCAACCCCUUCCUCUACGCCUUCCUCGACGACAGCUUCAGGAAAGCCUUCAAGAAAAUGUUGGAAUGUAGACCGGCCUGA